CUGCGCUCUACUAUAUCCAGUCACUGGAUCACUCGCUCAAAAAGGAACACAUAAUACACUGGUAUUCGGAGCUGAUCUCACACACUGUCCAGUAACCAACCAAUGACCAUCUGGUGACCAGUGCUACAUAUUCCUCCUUUCAUUAAAUCAUAAUCAGCUUCAAGAUGCCUCGCAAAGGAAAGAGAUGGAUCUUCGCCAAGCACUUCGAUGGUUUUCCCAAGAUAAGCGAUAUGAGACUGGAGGAGUUUGAUAUUCCGACACUCAAAGACGGAGAGGUUUUAUUGGAAGCUGAAUAUCUCUCUGUGGAUCCGUACAUGAGACCUUACAGCGCCCGUCUACAAACGGAAACUGUGAUGAUUGGACAACAGGUCGCAAAAGUCAUUGAAAGUCGUAACGAAAAUUUCCCGGUCGGGACCUGGACGCUUGUCAGUUCAGGAUGGACGACGCAUACUGUCAGUGAUGGAAAAGGACUCAUCAAGAUGCCACUCCCUGAGGGCGUGCCUAGAUCUUACGCCAUCGGGUCUAUCGGGAUGCCUGGUGUGACAGCUUACUUCGGUCUUCUGGAUAUCUGUACUCCCAAGGCGGGAGAGACUGUCCUGGUGAGUGGAGCUGCCGGUGCCGUCGGGAACGUUGUAGGACAGAUUGCAAAGAUCAAGGGAUGUCGAGUGAUCGGAUCUGCAGGAACCGAAGAGAAGUGUGAGUACCUGAAGGAACUAGGCUUUGAUGAAGUCUUCAACUACAAGACAACAAAGAACCUUGAUGCCAAGCUCAAAGAACUCGCUCCAGAAGGUAUCGAUGUCUACUUUGACAACGUUGGUGGUGAGUUUGCCACGACUGCUGUUCUCAACAUGAAAUUAUUUGGUCGCAUCUCAUGCUGUGGAGCCAUUUCAGGGUACAACUUGAAAGAACCUGAGAAACUAUCAGCCAUCUAUGGCAAGAUGGUGUUCAGUCAACUGAAGAUGGAAGGAUUCAUUGUUACCAGAUACCAACCACGCUGGGCCGAAGCCAUUACUGCCCUGGCAGGGUGGGUCAAAGAGGGUAAGAUCAAGGUUCGAGAGCACAAGACGGACGGGUUCGAGAACAUGUUCAAAGCCUUCACUGAACUCUUUACUGGCGCUAACACAGGAAAGGCUGUCGUCAAAGUCUAACUUAUUCCCCAUCCCCCUCCCCCUUGAGAGUGGUAGGCCUAUACCAUAUAGUAUAGUAUUAAUGAUUGCUUUGAGAGA